AAUUUAUUCCAAAUCAAUUAUUCUCUACCUUGAACCAAACAUAUGCUAUGUUCCAUUUUGACCCCCCAAAAAAAGUUGAAGAAGAAGAACGCGGCACUGACAUUGAAUCAGAAGUAGAAGAAGAAAAUGGAAGCGAUAGAGUUGGAUGAAGCCAUGAAAACAAUAGAUUCAUGUUUAUCUCAAAUGAAUUGGAGCCUCAAAUCUUCUUCAAAACGUCGUUUACAAUUAGAUAUCAUUGCCUUAAUCACAAGAAUGAGACCCGUAGUUAUGAUCGAUUACGGUGGAAUCAUGCCUCAACUUCAACACCAACUCUCUUCACUUCUUCAACUUGCUCAAAAUCAAUCCCAAAUUUUUCAACAAUUAAGAUUAAUGGUUAUACAAGAAAUGAUUUACUUCAUUCAUGUAACUGAGUUAACUCAUUUUGUUAAUUCGUCUUUGGAUUCGAAAUUGCUCUUUGUUGAUCUUGAACAUGAAUCCCCACAGUUGAUAACGGAAAUAGAGAAAAGCCAAUUAGCUAUGCAGAUGGUGUCAAUUCAGAAGCUGUUUUCAACGGUUUUUUCCUCUAAUGGGGAGGAAAAAUUAAAGGAUGAUGCUAACUCUUCUGCUCAUUGUUCCCACUGUUCUUCUACUGAGUGCAUUGAUCUUAGUUAUUGUAUGGAAAACACUGACAUCUUAGUGCCAACAUUGAAUGGGCACCUACUCAAUGCCAUAGCCUCAGCUAAGUUUGGGGAAACUUUGAUCUUUUCCAAAUGGCUUCUAGGCUAUCCAGUGGUGUAUCUGUUCGGCAAAGAUCAUAUUUCUGAUGCAGUUUAUAACCUUUCAACCAAAUAUCUUCAUAUUUUCCAAGUGUUUGUCUGCAGGAAUAGUAAUCUCAACAAAGGAAGUCAAACUGAAGAACUGCUAAGUUUUUCAGUGCCUUAUGAUUUAAGCACUAGAGGGAGUAAAGAACAAUGGGCAGAAGCUUUUCUAGCUCACAUGCAGGCAAAAUGGGAAAGAUGUCCAAAAGUUUGGAAGUCUUUAAAGAUGGAGGUCAGUGAAUGUCAUCCUCAAGCUAUCGUGUUAUAGUUGUACCCGCGUCUAGACAGAACAAAAUUUGAGUCCCGCAUCUAGGCAGAACAAAAGGGUGUCCCCAAAAGUACCUAACAUGCUUCAAAAAGCAGUAUGUACUUAAAUAAGCGGAAAUAUUUAUCUGAAAAUAACUUUUAUUUGUUGGAAUGUAAUUCUAUAUGUUGAACAAAAAUCUUGAACAAAAAAAAAUUGUCUUGUAUGGUAUGUUGAUUGAGAAAGUGCAGUUAUAUUGAUAAUUGGUACCCAAUAAGAUCAAGACGUUCAGCCAA